UUAUGUUAACUGCAGUUAUCUUUAGUUCCGCGGUUUGAUCAACAGAGAUCUGCGGCUCAAGAUGAGCUCUCUGCCGCAGGAGAUCCAGGGAUUCUCCGCGGCGCGUCUGAGGAAGCAGAGCACCAGAGUCACGACCGUGACGGGCGAGAGAUUCGUGGAGACGCGCCGCGGCGAUCGCUUCCACGCGGAGCGCGAGGGGGACGCGGCGUGCGGGUUUGUGCAGGACUCGAGCCUCGACCUGCAAGUGGGCAUCAUCAGACCCUUCCUCCUGCUCUCAUCACAGGAUGCUGCCCAUGAUAUAGACACGCUGAAGAAAUUAAAGGUGACUCACGUGCUGAAUGUGGCGUAUGGGGUUGAGAAUGUGUUUCCUGAUCUCUUCAUGUAUAAGACUGUCACCGUGUUAGAUCUUCCAGAGACGGACAUCACCUCAUACUUCCCCGAAUGUUUCCAGUUCAUAAACGAAGCCAGUCAGCAGGGUGGAGUGGUGCUGGUCCACUGUAACGCCGGUGUUUCUCGCUCCGCUUCUGUUGUCAUCGGGUUCCUCAUGUCCCAGGAGAAGAUGUCCUUUGACGAAGCCUUCAGCGCUGUGAAAACCGCCAGGCCUUACAUUCAGCCAAACCCAGGCUUCAUGAGUCAGCUGAAGAAAUACAACCCAUAAUUCCACACAAAGACUGAAUUUUGUAAACCGAGAUGUCCUGUUCUUAGCAUUCAGAUGUUUCCCAGACGGCUUGAUCACUGCAUACAUCAGAUUUCACACAGCGCUGGAUGAGUUAAUGAGCUGAUGGGAUGAAGUAUGUGUGUUAGAUUUGUUAGACAUCAGAAAUGUGACGUUUGGGGACUCCGGGGCCAGGAUUGAGAAACAGUUUUAGUGCCAACGUCUUUUAUUUCAUAUUCAUAUUUGAUUAAUUAUAUUUUUUAUGAAUGUUUAUGUUUAUAUUUGUUGCAAAAAUAAAACAUUUUAAACCCUC